GAUUCGAGAUUAUUUGUUUUAGUUUAAAUAUAACCCAUGGAUUAUAACGAUGCUGCGAUGGCUUCACACGGUUCAGCUCCCGUGACCGGUAAGAAAUCGAUCGGAUAUGGUGCGGUGGAUUCCGGAGAUGAGCUGUACAGGGAGCUUUGGCAUGCAUGUGCGGGUCCUUUGGCGACGGUGCCGAGACAAGGAGACUUGGUUUUCUAUUUUCUUCAAGGCCAUAUAGAGCAGGUUGAAGCGUCGAGGAAUCAAGUUUCUGAUCAACAGAUGCCAGCUUACGAUCUUCCACCAAAAAUACUUUGUCGUGUCGUCAACGUUCAGUUAAAAGCCGAAUCAGACACCGAUGAAGUGUUUGCUCAAGUGUCUCUGCUUCCUUUGCCUAAAGCGCGGGCAUGGCAGCAAGAUGAGAACUCGGUGGAGAAGGAAGGAGAGUUGCCUCCGGCCCAACGUGCCCGUGUGCAUUCAUUCUGCAAGACCCUCACGGCAUCUGAUACGAGCACUCAUGGGGGAUUUUCUGUGUUGAGGCGUCACGCCGAUGAAUGCCUGCCUCCUCUGGACAUGUCCAAGCAACCUCCCACUCAAGAGUUGGUAGCCAAGGAUUUACAUGAAAAUGAGUGGCGUUUCCGCCACAUAUUUCGAGGUCAACCAAGGAGGCAUCUACUUCAAAGUGGUUGGAGUUUGUUUGUCAGCUCCAAAAAACUUGUUGCAGGCGAUGCUUUUAUUUUCCUCAGGGGUGAAACUGGGGAACUUCGUGUAGGGGUGAGACGAGCUAUGAGACAGGCAAGCAAUGUUUCUUCUUCAGUGAUAUCAAGUCAAAGUAUGCAUAUCGGAGUCCUUGCAACAGCAUGGCAUGCUGUUUCAACGGGUACAAUGUUCACCGUCUAUUACAAACCAAGGACGAGUCGUGCUGAGUUUAUUGUUCCAUUUCAUAAGUAUAUGGAAUCUAUCAAAAACAACUAUUCAAUAGGGCUGAGGUUCAAAAUGAGGUUUGAAGGAGAAGAGGCUCCUGAACAGAGGUUCUCGGGCACUGUGAUUGGAUAUGAAGAUGCUGAUCCCAUCAGAUGGCCUGGCUCAAAAUGGAGAUGCCUCAAGGUGCACUGGGAUGAGACUUCUCCGCUUCAUCGCCCAGACAGGGUAUCCCCUUGGAAAGUAGAACCUGCUCUGCCUCCUGCUGUGGAUGUCCUUCCAAAUAGUCGACUGAAAAGACCCCGUGCAAACAUGGCAUCAUCACCUAGUGACUCAUUGGUUCUUACAAGGGAAGGUUCAUCCAAAACCACCAUGGAUUCGUCACUAGAGAAUGGGUUUCCUAGAACCUUGCAAGGUCAAAAAAGCUUGAGUCAGAGAGACACCUUAGCAGAGAAUAAGUACCCAUCACAAGGACAGGAUCAAACUGAGACAGGUUUUGGUAAGCAACGACUUGCACCAGAAGAUACACUUCCUCAAGUGAUCCAUGGAGAAAAGAGCAUGAGUCCCACACCAGUUUCUUGGACCCUCCAAAAGCUCUACAAAUUUGGUCAGCCUUCUGUUGAGCAGAGCUCUUCCAACAUCGACCAAUUGAAGACAGAUAUUUUUGAUAAGGGACACCUAUUUGAGUUGCCGGGAUGUCCACAGCCAAUGAUGCGCUCAAGUGCUUCAGUCAACUUGUUGGGAGCAGAAGAGAAAAAAAUAAAUUACCAGGAUUAUUUUCCUGUUAGACCUGGAGGAGUUGAGGGGUACAACAGACCGCAAGGUUCUGACUUCCUGCAGCAGCCUGGGAAGUGGUUGUUGCCUCUGCUGCCAAUAACACAUACCGGAAAGUUACCUCCUGUGGAUAUCUUGAACUCACAGCCUCAGUCUUCACAGCCCAAGGAUAAUGUAAAAUCUGAAGGAGACGGUAUUUGCAAACUUUUUGGUAUAUCCCUUGUCUGCAAUACAGUGCUGACGGAACUAUCUGUACCACACACAAAAUCAAUUCCGAAGCCACUCAGGCAAAUUUCAUCAGACCAUCCACAGGACUUAGGUUGUAAUCUGAUGCUGGAGCAAUCAAAAAGUUCCAAGUUUGAUGAGAUUGCACUAGGAGAUGAUGAACAGGGCAAGCCUGUGCACACAUCAGAGGAGCUUCCAGGAGACAUUCUGAGAAAAUUUCAGGGUGGUUCAGCCAGAACUUGCAUUAAGGUUUACAAGCAGGGGAUUGCUGUUGGGAGGUCAGUGGACCUGACCAAGUUCAAUGGCUAUGAUGAACUGAUAGCGGAACUAGAUAGGAUUUUUGAAUUUAAUGGUGAAUUAAUUUCUCCCAACAAGAAGUGGCUGGUUGUAUUUACUGACGAUGAGGAUGAUAUGAUGCUUGUAGGGGAUGAUCCCUGGCAGGAAUUUUGUACCAUGGUUCGAAGGAUCUUCAUCUACACUGGAGAAGAGAUUAAGAGGAUGGAUACAAGGCCGUUCAAUGCGAAAGAAGAAGAAAAUUCACCUGGCAAAGACCAGAAAACUAAUUUGGUGCAUCGUGCGAGUGUAGUGGCUAGGAUUGAAAGGUAAAGCACCGGCAUGUAUGUAAUUCUGUAGGGGGCUUGACUUAAAGCUUGGCUUGUUCUUUCUUAGAAUUUAUUCCAAAUGAACGUGAAAGCUUCCUUAAUUCAUUCAAUAUCAAAGAUCUUCCAAAAUUAUAAAUGAUAUAAUGAGCCAAAUUCAUAGUCAGCAUUAGUACUUUCCACAUAUGUAAUUUGGACUCUUUGUAUUUGAGGGCCAAAAGGAUAAAAGGUUAUGAAAAUUUAUUAGUCUUGC